UGGAAAAGGGGAUCUACCGGAGUGACUAUUAGAUCAUUCUCAUUUACGAAAUCGAGGAAUCCGAAAUGAACACUAGUAGACAUAGUCGGCGUUCUCAUGUGAAACCUCUAAUUUAUGGAUCAUUUGGCCGUUUUUAUCUUUUAUACACAAGUUAAUGCCUGUCUUUUUCGUGACCUUGUCUACGAUGUCUGACCAAUUAUUUGUACAAUCAAUGUUCGAUUGGACAAAAUUGCGGUCCCGCCAUUUCGUCCUACUGAAUGAAGACAAAUUAACAUUCUAGACUGCUAUGAAGUUUAACUAAAGUAAUACUGUAAUCAUAUGCAGGUUUCUUCAAGGAGAAUUGUACCUAAUCAGCAUUAUGUGCUCAUUUAAUAAAUGGUCUAUAUAUACAGGCGUUGAUUACACAAUAUAUUUAUAUUGACGGUAAUACCAAGAAUCGUGUAUUCCACGCGCUCGUAUUAAACACGCGAUAUAUAAUGAAUGCACGUGCCACACGUCGGAUAGUAUAGUGCGUCAUAACAGCGAACGUCGUGACAUAGGCUCGCCGAAUUUCAUCAUGCGCUGGGUGCAUUCAAAUUGAGAGAAGUCAGCGAGCCACGUGCAAGCCAGACUUAUUGUUAGACGCCUUCACGCGCCCGCCAUUUCUGGCGCGUCACACGAUACGGAUUUAGGUAGCAGUGGUUUUGCGAUUUGCGCUGUUCGCGAUGAAGUUCCAAAGGCCGCGAUCGGCGGGAAUCGAUAACGGAGGCCGAACGACGACCUCUGCCACAAAGCUUCGAAAGAUGGCGACGGCGGCGGCAGUGGCGGUGGCAGUGGAGGCAGUGGCGGCGGCAGCGGUGUCGGCGGCAGCGAAGACACCGGUGGUAAAGGAGGCGGUGUGGCGCGGGGGAUGGAAAGUAGCCAAGUAAUGAAGUCGCGGCGGCAGUCGGCCGCGGUCUUUUGAACGGUUCGUGGUAUACUGUAGAAGCACCGUAUGAGAACAACGUGCUCCAAAACUCGCGCCUAUCAGACGAUUCUGCACUCAGGAAUGAGGUAACCGCCGGCGACGGGCUUGAUUCUUAGGCAUUCUCAACACGUAGAAACUAUCACCGGCGAACUACUUGGCAGGUGACACGCAAAUAGUACAUCAACAACAUGCCCGCAGCAAUUGACACAAACGAGAAACCGCCAACAGAGUUGGAUACCUUCCUGCCCCAAGAUGGAUCUAAUCUUAAGGAUGGCGUCCUGUCCGCUAAAUAUAUAGUACAAGUUGCUCCACGCGAUGUUGAAGCCGCAGUGGGCGAUGAGAAAAGUUUCAAUCCUUUUGCGGAACGCAAAGUCGACAAUCCGACAACGGAUUGCGAUACGCUGACACACUUAUUAAAAGCUUCUCUUGGUACUGGAAUACUAGCUAUGCCCAUAGCUUUUAAAAGUGCUGGACUGCUUUUGGGUAUUUUUGCCACGAUACUCGUUGCAUUCGUAUGUACGCAUUGCGCAUAUAUUUUGGUAAAAUGUGCACACGUGCUCUAUUACAAAACUCGAAAAGCGGAAAUGGGUUUUGCUGAAGUUGCUGAGACAGCUUUUAGUAUCGGACCUCAAUGGGCAAGAAAGUUCGCGAAACCUUCCAGAUAUCUCAUACAGAUUAGUUUAUUUACCACAUAUUACGGUACCUGCAGUGUAUACGCAGUAAUUGUGGCCGCUAAUAUCAAGCAGAUUAUCGAACAUUAUCAAGAUGUUGACGUUGGCGAGUACAACAUCCGUUUGAUCACCGCUUAUUUAUUGGUACCGCUGAUCCUUCUUAGUUGGGUACCCGACUUGAAGUAUCUUGCACCAAUUUCAAUGGUGGCAAACAUUUUUAUGGGAACAGGACUGGGAAUAACAUUUUAUUAUCUCGUUUGGGAUUUGCCACCGUUAUCUUCAGUGCCUUUAGUAGCUACAAUCGAAAGUUUCCCGCAAUUUUUCAGCAUCACUAUUUUCGCUAUGGAAGCGAUUGGCGUAGUGAUGCCUCUAGAGAACAGUAUGAAGACGCCGCAACACUUUGUAGGAAUCUGCGGAGUUCUCAACAAAGGAAUGUCCGGUGUUACGCUUGUAUAUAUUUUUCUAGGAUUUCUCGGAUAUGCAAAAUAUCAGGAUGAGACGCUGGGUAGCAUUACUUUAAAUCUGCCAACAGAAGAAAUAGCGGCACAAGUUGUGAAGAUAUUGAUUGCCUUAGCCGUCUUCUGUACCUUUGGUUUACAAUUUUAUGUGUGCCUCGAUAUCGCGUGGAAUGGUGUAAAACAUCGUUUUGAGAAAAGGCCGAUUUUAGCUAACUAUUUUGUAAGGACGGUGCUAGUAAUAGGUGCAGUUCUUCUUGCCGUGGCAGUGCCGACAAUCGAACCGUUUAUUGGCCUAAUUGGUGCAUUUUGUUUCUCCAUUUUGGGUCUUCUUAUUCCGGUUUUCAUUGAGACCGUAACUUACUGGGAUGUCGGCUUCGGACCAGGAAAUUGGGUAGCCUUGAAGAAUGUAAUUAUAUGCGUGAUAGGUCUGAUGGCAUUAAUAUUUGGAUCACGUAGUGCUAUAAUGGAUAUAGUAAAAUUAUAUGCUUGAUAGACAAAACAUUUUCCGUUUAUCUAGUACAAAUAUUUUUACGGAUAUACAACAAAUUUUUUUACCAAAUUUAUAGAUCUAACCUAAUAUGACUAACGAUAUUAAGUAUACGUUGUAUUCACAGAC